UUGAUUUAGGUUAGGAGGUAUUUGAACAUCCAAAGUCAAGGAGUGAUUUAGCCGUCUAUUUUGAAAGUUUUCUGCAUGGCGACACUCACUACUAUAGUACAUUAAAACAAAACGUAUAUUCGCUACGUCACAGAUUUGUUCUUAAUAUAAAGGAAAUGUUGCGAUCGUUACCUCACAGUUGAGGCAGUUGCUGCGCGUAGAAGAACCUAUUUAUACGCAUAGGUUGUGCAAAGUAUAUACUAGGACGAUUGUUUUACUACUAGUAUAGAAUAUCUAUAAAUUUAUGUAAUUUACUUUCUCCUCGCGUGGCCGAAAAACGACAGUCGUUAUAACACGGGUGUUCUGUUUCAUACACCUCAUGCCAGCAACUUACGAGUUACCAUGUAUGUUACAUUGUGGGUGACAUAAAUAUGUGUUGGCGCAUAGUAAUUAGCGGGUAUACAAUUGCCGAAAUAAAAUAUUUGUAUUUCUAUUUUGUUAUAUGCGUGUUAUGUCUGUUUUGCAAACACAACGAAAUAAAUAAACGAACUAAACACGCUCAUAACGAGGAACACAUAUGCUAGAAACAUACUUAGUUAAUCGGAAAAAAAUUAUCCAAACUUUUACUAUAUUUUUCCAAAAACAGAAACUUAAAUUCAUUUGAAUAAAAAUAAGCAGUCUGUCCAUAAACAAAACCAUGAUUUUAAACUGUGUUUUGUCAUUGUUUUGUUUAGAUUUGCUUCUUACAUUUACUGCAAUAACAGGACUACCAAUUGAUAUUUCUGUAAACCAAGACCAACAAUGUUCCUUUAAUACAACGGAAUGCACGGACGAUUGUGGACCGCUUGGCCACCAGACCGAUGAAUGGGAUUGUCCGAUCAGUUGCGAAUGUAAAUCGAGUGGUUUCAUAGAAGGAGAUAUCAAGUUUGAUAAACAAAAUAUACAGCUGAUUAAAAAGGCAUAUGGGAUACCUUCGACAAUCAAAGCAAGAGGUGCAACCAGUUUAAAUAUAGACCUGUGGACCAAUAGAGUCAAUGGGCGUGUCAAGGUUCCUUUCGUCAUGAGGAACGAUACGUCAAACAAAUCAGAGACAGCAAUUUAUGAAGCAGUCGCCGCUAUAUCAGGAAGUACUUGCAUUGAUUUUAUAAACAGAACUACAGAAGUGGAUUUUAUUGAAGUUAUACCUGGAACAGGAUGCUGGUCUUACGUUGGUAUAGAGUUCGGUAAACAAGAACUAUCUAUUGGGCCAGGAUGCGAAUAUAGUGGAAUAGUUCAACACGAGUUUUUGCAUGCUCUUGGUUUCUGGCAUGAGCAGUCUCGACCGGACAGAGACGACUAUGUAACUAUUCGUUGGGAAAAUAUCAAGGAUGGUAAAGCAAAAAACUUUAGAAAACGAACAACGAUCAAUUCACUUGGUUCACCAUACGACACGCAAUCUAUAAUGCAUUACUCUGGCUUAUCAUUCUCCAAGAACGGCAGUGCAACAAUAGUGAACAAAACCUCCAAUAAACCAAUAAGAGCUCAACGUCUAAGUUUAUCACCUGAAGAUAUUUACCAAGUAAAUGCUCUGUAUUGCAACCCAGUAAUGACUGGAACAUCGACAAUUAAAACAGACCUCAAUGUACAUACCACCAAUGAACCACCAACAACAGACAGCAACGUACAUACCACCAAUGAACCACCA